GGGGUUUGACAGCUGCAAGCUCAGCAGCAGCCCCGGCGGCAGCAGCGCAUGGCUCGCGCGAGGGGAAUAGCAAGCGCUGCAAUGCCCCAGCGUGUGUGACCGCUGCGAGGGGGGGAAAUGUUAUACACACCCCGCUCCUCCUCCGCCACCUCCUGCCCGGGCUUCCCCCUCACUUGACCCGCCAGCCCAACAUGCAACCCGGCACCUGCUAAAUCAAUAAUGUACUAGAAUGUCAGCGCUGAAAAAGGAUUUCACAUCCUCUGAAGUGCGAGUGUAACCACUGCAAGUUCAUCCACUGCUGCUACUUGCGAAUGCCUGCAACGUGCACAAGGCUCAGACAUUAUGGGGACAACUCAGGUUCUGCCUGGCAUUUUGCAGAAGCAUUGCUGUAUUUUACCAGACAGGAAUACAGAGUCACAGUGUACACUCUGUGGUGAGCCUGAGGGUUUGGAUUCUCUAACAGGGCAUGCAUUUCCAGAGGAAUUGGGUGGCGAUCUGCUCAAGUCGGGGAUCAGUUUUCCGGGGACAACAGAGGAGGAGCUAGACCAGCAGUACUCCUGGUCACCUUCUCAGCACUUCAAUGAAGAAAGAUUCUCGCCUGCUCCGAGGAACAUGAAAGGAUUAUCUGGUAGUCGUAACCAACCACAAUUAUGUUCUGCUCAUACUUGUGGCUUAGCAUCCCCUGAAGAUUGUGAACAUACCCACGAUCAUAUCCACCAUGGGCAGGAGCCAAGGCAAUCCUAUCUUCUCAGCCCUACAGAGAGCUGCCCACUGGACCAUCAUCGCUGCUCACCACGAAGCUCCAUCCAUUCAGAGUGCAUGAUGAUGCCCAUGGUUAUGGGCGAUCACAUGUCAAGUAGCACUUUCCCCAGAAUGCACUACAGCUCACAUUACGAAACGAGGGACGAUUGCGCCAUGUCUCACGCUAACCCUAAGAUUAACCGAAUUCCUGCCAAUCUCCUGGAUCAGUUUGAGAAACAACUUCCUCUCCACAGGGAUGGAUUUCACACUUUACAAUAUCAGAGGACCUCAACAGCUGCAGAACAACGCAGUGAAAGCCCAGGAAGAAUACGCCAUCUUGUUCAUUCAGUCCAGAAACUUUUCACUAAGUCUCAUUCUUUGGAAGGAUCAUCCAAGGGCAAUGUCAAUGGGACAAAGGGAGACAGUCGAGGGGACGACCAUCAUCAUGGACAUCAUUCCAAGCAUAGCAAAAGGAGUAAAAGUAAGGAGCGAAAACCAGAGACCAAGCAUAAAUCUGGAAUGAGUAGCUGGUGGAGUUCUGAUGAUAAUUUGGACAGCGAUAGCACUUAUCGCACACCUAGCGUGAUUAAUAGGCAUCAUGUAGAUCAUAUCUCCCACUGCUACCCUGAAGCUCUCCAGGGGCACUUUGGGGAUCUCUCACUAAAGACUUCCAAAAGUAACAAUGAUGUGAAAUGUUCUGCUUGUGAAGGGCUAGCAAUGACCCCUGAUGGUAAAUACAUGAAAAGGAGUUCUUGGUCUACACUUACAGUAAGCCAGGCUAAAGAAGCGUAUCGCAAGUCAUCCCUUAACCUAGAUAAGCCUCUGAUUCAUCAGGAAAUCAAACCUUCCUUGAGGCCGUGCCAUUACCUUCAGGUGCCUCAAGAUGAAUGGGGAGGGUACCCUGUUGGCGGUAAAGACGAGGAGAUCCCCUGCAGGAGAAUGAGAAGUGGGAGUUAUAUUAAAGCCAUGGGAGAUGAGGAAAGCGGAGAUUCUGACACUAGCCCUAAAACAUCACCAAAGGUAGCAGUUCGACCAGAGUCAUUAUUAAAAUCCAUUGGACAGAGACCACUUGGAGAUCACCCAAAUCAGAGCUACCUUCAAGCUGCAAGUGAUGUGCCUGGGGGCCACAACAUGGAUCCCUCCGCAAACUACAAUUCCCCAAAGUUCCGAUCAAGGAAUCAGAGCUAUAUGAGAGCAGUGAGCACACUCAGUCAGGCCAGCUGUGUUAGUCAGAUGAGUGAAGCAGAGGUCAAUGGGCAAUUUGAGUCGGUGUGUGAAUCAGUGUUUAGUGAAGUUGAAGCUCAGGCAAUGGAUGCCCUUGACCUCCCUGGAUGCUUCCGAACAAGAAGCCACAGUUACCUGAGGGCCAUUCAGGCAGGUUACUCCCAAGAUGAUGAAUGUAUCCCUGCUAUGGGAUCUUCCAACAUCACCUCAACUGUCAGGUCAACAACAGCUGUAACUUAUACAAGUUACAAAAAAACGCCACCACCGGUACCCCCACGUACCACUUCCAAGCCGCUCAUCUCAAUUACAGCACAGAGCAGCACAGAAUCCACCCAGGAUGCAUAUCAUGAUAGCCGGACUCAGAGGAUUUCCCCAUGGCCACAAGAUGGUCGAGGGAUGUACAACUCUACAGACAGUUUGGACAGUAACAAGGCCAUGAAUCUUGCCAUGGAAACUGCCGCUGCACAGCGCCAUGCUUCUGAGAGUCAAAUCACUUCAGUACGAACCAGUGACAAGGCCAUUUUAGUGACAAAAGCUGAGGAGUUUCUUAAGAGUCGACGGUCCUCUAUAGGGAUUCAGGUGGAAACGGCAACCGAUUCAGAUACCGAGAGCAGAGGCCUACGGGAAUACCAUUCCGUUGGAGUGCAAGUGGAAGAUGACAAACGACAUGGACGGUUUAAACGUUCAAAUAGUGUAACAGCAGCUGUUCAGGCUGACCUGGAACUGGAGGGCUUUCCAGGACACAUAACAAUGGAGGACAAGGGACUUCAGUUUGGUUCAUCAUUCCAGAGGCAUUCAGAGCCUAGCACUCCUACCCAAUAUGGUGCAGUAAGAACAGUACGGACACAGGGACUGUUCAGUUACAGAGAAGAUUACAGGACCCAGGUUGACACCUCAAAUCUUCCACCACCAGAACCCUGGCUGGAGCCAGCCAUUGAGACAGUUGAAACUGGUCGGAUGUCCCCAUGUCGACGGGAUGGGUCUUGGUUUAUGAAGUUGCUACAUACUGAAACGAAGAGGAUGGAAGGAUGGUGUAAAGAGAUGGAGAGAGAAGCAGAAGAAAAUGAUCUUUCUGAAGAAAUUCUAGGUAAGAUCCGAAGUGCUGUUGGAAGUGCUCAGCUCCUUAUGUCUCAGAAAUUCCAGCAGUUUUAUUGGCUUUGUCAACAGAAUCUGGACCCCAGUGCCAUGCCAAGGCCAACUUCCCAGGACCUAGCAGGAUUCUGGGACUUAUUGCAGCUUUCAAUUGAAGACGUCAGCAUGAAGUUUGAUGAACUGCACCAGCUGAAACUCAAUGAAUGGAAACUAAUAGAAUCACCUGAAAGGAAGGAAGAAAGGAAGGUUCCUCCUCCAGUACCAAAGAAGCCCCCAAAAGGAAAAUUCCCUAUAACGAGAGAAAAGUCUCUCGACCUACCUGACAGACAACGUCAAGAAGCCAGAAGACGACUAAUGGCUGCUAAGAGAGCAGCCUCCUUUCGGCAGAAUUCAGCCACAGAGCGGGCAGACAGCAUUGAGAUCUAUAUCCCAGAAGCCCAAACCCGGCUUUAAAGACAGAGCGCUGCAGAGUGUCCUUUUUUAAAACAAAUGCUUGUACAGUUUGUCACUUACCUGGUAAUUUUUUCUCAUUCUCUCCACUGAAUAUGCCCUUGCUGUUGUGUUCUUUGUGCCAUAAGCACAGUGGAAUGCUUUUGAUUUCCUCAGAGUUUGCUGAGCUCUUUGCAAGAACUACUUCUUUUUGUAUUUAUUGUCUGACUUACAAUCAGCUACAAUGGAUAGGGCUUGUUGAGACCUGACUUAUCCAAUAUGUUCUCAGAGGACAACAAGAAACACCUCUUGAGAUGGAACCCAGCUUACUUUUUUGUUAUUUAUAUUUUUAUAAAUUGUGUGAUAAUUAAGGAUAAGAAUAACAAACUAUAAAUGGGUGCAUCUCACCAUUCACUAGAGGCAUUAGCUAAUACAAGUAGAAGGUGCUACAAAUGUGAAGUGCAGGAAAGAAAGAACCCAUUUAUCUCUCUGACCUCCAGUUUCUUUUCCUUGAACCCAGCUAAAAUAUUUGCCCAUGUGCUCUGCCAUUCUACCCAUCUUUGUUACUGCAGAAUAACAUUAGGCCUCUCAUGUCAAGUCAAGUUUCUGGAGAUGAACAGGAAUAUCCAGCCACUAAAACUCCGAAGUUCAUCAGGAACCAAGAAGCAUACAAACCUGGUCCUAUUGGGAAUGCCCACUGAGAAAUGUUUGUGAUACCAGUAUAACGACAUUCAGAAAUCAAAGCAAAAUUAUAAUGCAAGAAAACUUGAGUGAUGGGGAAAGGAAAGUGGAAGCCUUAAAAAGUUAGAUCUUCUGUAGCAAGAUGUGUAAAGAGAACAGUUAUACUUACUCCUUUGGAACACUCAUUGCAUUUUAACAGUUCUUUUAUGUGUUAACUUUUUAUUUUACCAACAAUCUUCUCUCUUUAAUUUCAAAAGCUAUGCUACAUGUGAUAUUUUAAACUCUCAAAAUGCUAUAUCAAUUGAGUUUCCAGGGUAUCCUUGAAAAAAAUAUUUGCUUGUUUAAAAUGCCAGUUGUGAUGUUGUAACCAAUUUAAGAAAUAUGAAUGUGAGUGGUAAGUAUAUCUAAGUUUAAAUGGUUAUCUUAAGGUAAAGGUGAACUGUGGUUUACAUUUUUUUUCCAGAAAUCUUUUUCCUAUGCAGUAUCAGUUAAGGCAAGAUGAUUCUCUUGCUUGUGUCAGACUUAAAGGAAUGAUUUGAUUGUAAAAUGACUUCCAGACAUGGAAUAUAAGGAAAGUAAUUUUUUCAAGCCUCUGAUUAUUACAAGAGAAAAGUAGGAACCAUGACAAUCAAGAGGCUUUAAAUGUUCAUUUGAAAUAAAUUUAGAUUGUAUUAUUCCACUUCAUCUACCUUCCCAGACAUAAUUGAGCAUCCCAGCUCUUAGACAUCUUCAGAUAAAGAUGUAAUAAAAGAUAUAACCCACAGAUCCUGAUACCAGGGUUCUGAUUCCUGCUCUAGGUCAAAAGAGUAUUACAACUAUGGUUAGUCUCUAAGGUGCCCCAAGUACUCCUUUUCUUUUUGCGAAUACAGACUAACACGGCUGCUACUCUGAAUACUAUGGCACAGAUCAUCCCAACUAACUCAUUUUUUGUUUACUGCUUUAACAAAUACUACGUACUUCGCCAUAGGCAGAACAGCUACUUAAUUAUACUCCAGCACUUUGGUUUGUUCACCUUGAUGAGCACUUUAAAUAUGUACUUGGUACACCCUGCAGCCUGCCACAUGACUGAGAACAUUAAGUAACACAGGUUACAUAGAUCUGACAUUGCUUCAAAUCUGGGGAUAGUUUCUUUGUUUUUUUUCCUUCUGAGCAUUUUGUUAAGCAUGAGUUCUGGUUUUGGAGCAAAGCUGAUAUAAGCAUGUUUAGCUUCAAGAUAUGAAUCUUUAGAGUUGAAUAGCUGAGAAGUUUCUGUAAGGAGAAAACUCUGUAAAUUGAGCCUGAUAUCUGGUAUAUAUUUUACCAAAUAGCCUUAAACUAUAUUUGGAAGCAAAAACCAAGAUGAAUGUAUAUCCUUCCAAAAACAACAACAACAAAAAACCCCUCCCUAAAAUAUUCUUAUAUAAAUGAAAACUUAGUAUACCCUCACCCCCCAGGGUGUUCAAAGCGUUUUCUGUAUACGGAAAGAGCUGAAUCCUGGGUAGUGUACAAUAUUGAUGCUGCUUCCUAUAUUUGUUGUACUAUUUUAAAUACAAAUGUUAAAUACCUAUUGGCAUCUUUAGUCUUUAAAAGUGAUAUUUAAUGUUAAGUGGAGCUGCGAAUUAGAACUAUCCACAUGAAAAUAAAGCCAGUGUAUUUCCUAGAUGUAGGAAAUUUAAAAUAGACCUAUAUAUAUAUUUAUGGCACCUGAUAUGUUUUAUCUCAUUUCCUUGGAUACUUCCAGGCUAAAUCACACUUGUUUUAUUCACUUCAGUAAUCCCACAUAAAACAAAGGGAUCACAUGAUUAAGGCAAACAGCAUUUGACCUGUCAGUAUUCAGAACUUGUAAAGUCCAAUUGUAAAAAUUAGACUAGGUGUUAAAUUUAGAUACCAGAUUAUGUUAUAAUGUUGACUUGGAGCAGUCCAUAAAGGUUUUAAUUACACAUCAGAUUUUGGUAAAUAUUUUGGGGUAUUUUAUGUUAGUAUGUCAUCAGUAAAUUGGACUCUAAAUGUCUGGCUAAAACAGACCUGUGUGAGCAAAUCAGACCCUAAAUUUUACAAUGUCCAUGCAAUGAUGGGAAUAUGCUCACCGUGAGUCUUUGGAUAUGUAUGAUUCCCUGUCUGUUCCAUCUCUUUGUUCCAAAGAAGAAGAAUUAAAAGUAAAAUAGAUGCCUACUGCUAAAUCUGAUAAAAUAUUAUCUGUGCAUGUUACAUUUUUAAGUGCAAUAUAUUCAACUUGUUGUGCAGGUAACAUUCUAUCAAUAAAGGCAGAUGAUAAGCCAUGUUUACCUAUGUAUUGUACAUCUAAUUAGUUGGAAAAAAUAAAAUUAUGUUUAUAAUACUUGUGUUGAAAGUCAGUCACACCCGAUCUGCUUGAAUCAUUGCUAUAAGAUACACAGUAUUCAGUAACUAUCGCUUAUAGAGAGGUCCUGUCAAAUCUGGAAAUUGCAUUCAUUUCAUGCAUAGGAAUGGAUUACAGGACCAUGUAGGAGAAAAUUCAGUAACUUACAAUGUUCUAUUAGCAUAAUACACUUCUACCCCAAUAUAAUGCGGUCCGCAGGAGCCAAAAAAUCUUAUCGCGUUAUAUGUGAAAUCGCGUUAUGUCGAACUUGCUUUGGCCCCCCUGCUCCUUGUCCCCUGGCGCCCCCUCCAGAGACCUCCCCGUCCCUAAUCACCCCCAGGACCCCACACCCUACACAAUCUCCCUGUCCCCUGACUGCCCCGACACCAUCCACACCCCUACCCCCUGACAGUCACUCACCGCCGGCAGCGGGAAGCGGAGCAACGUGGCCCCAGCCCUCUCCACUCCGCGGGCUGGGGCUGGGCUGCUUCACUUCCGCCACGCCGAUGAGUGCGGGGGGGAGGGGGAAUCCCUUCCACCAAGCCCCCUCCCCUGAGCAACACGGCUGGGGCCGCGGUGAGGGAAGCGAAGCAGGCUGCUUCUGGCCCCCCGCUAAUCACCCGGGCCACUCUGGGCCUGCAGGUCCCCCAGAAGUGCCCCUGCACAGCUCCUGCCUCCCAGACCUUGGAGGGGGGGAGGGCCUGCUUUACCGCGUUGUAUGCGAACCUGUGUUAUAUCAGGUCGCGUUAUAUCAGGGUAGAGGUGUAGCUGAAUAUCUCUUUCUUAGCGACUUCAUGCUCUACAGAUACUUAGAACAUCUUUAAAAGUCAGAAUUCUCAUAACAACAAAAUAUUUCAUUAGCUAGGCCAUUUGUAUACUAGAUUUUAUCCGUAAAGGAUGAAAGAUACAGAAAGCCACCAUUUGUUAUUUCGUUGUCCGUAAAACACAAGUAUAAUAAACAGAAUUCUCAAGAGUAUUAUAUUUGAUGUAGGAACAAGACCUGACCGGUUUAAGGUUCGAUACGUGUUAUACUUAUUUUUUGCUUUGUAUAUUUUUUUAGAUUUAAAGUUCAUUGUAAAUUGCUGAAAUAAGUUAAAAUGCAUUUUAUUGUUUCUUGACAGCUUGGAUCAGAAUGGCCCUUGGCAGUGUGUAAAAACUGAAAAUGUUGUACAGUUUAAUACCAAAAAUUACAUUUUAGUUCAUGCUUAAACUUUGUCACUGUAUGUCAAAUUUGAGGUCAAUUAGAAAAGAAUUGAAGCAUAAAUAGGAAGGUGUGUGGAUUUCAUACAGAUAAUGCACUUCAUAUAACACAAGUUAUUUUUUUUAAAUCAUAACUCCUGCUGUAUCAGUAAAUCAGUGCCCUAAUUUUCACUACGUUAACACUGUUGAUUCAACAAAUUGGGGAAACUUCCACUCAGCUGGUGAUAUUGAAAGGGAUAGAAUUUACUACUAAGAGACUAUGCACUGUAGUUUAGCUAUCGGCCAUAAAUGUACCAGGAAUCUCACCGAAUCCUUCUUUGACUUUUGCUUCUCAACAGCCUCUCUUUCUUCCUAGGCUUCUUUGUUCAUUCCUCUCUCACAACACACAUUAUCCAGUUCUACUGCUCAUUGCCAACUCUUCUGAACGUAAACUUUGUGUUAGGUCCCUGUACUGUUUUAUUCCGGUACGUAUUUAGUCUACUUGGUAGCUAUAUUAGCAAACUAAGGACCAGAUUUAUCUCAGUCAUUUGCAUGCAGCACAUUCUGAGACAAAUUCUGUUCCUGUUUACACCUGGACUACAGAAUUAAUGUCAGUGGAGGAGGCCAGAGUUUGGCCUGUCUGACUGCAUUGUGUGUUGUGCAUGUUAAUCUGAAGGCUGAAUUUAUCCAAUAGGAAAUUACGUACAGCUGCCUCCUUUAAUAUUGUAUAAAAGCAUAAAGUCCACUGUGAGAGGGGCUUUAGAAAUGCUGAUUGAUAGUUGAGUUAAAAUGCUCAACAGUAGUCAGUUAUUCCUCCGCACUGCUUUCAGAGCAAAUCACUAGACAAUGCUGUCACACAUAAAUUGAAAUUCAGGUGACAAAUAUCAGUAACUCCUUUAAUAUUCAGAGUGGUGCUUCUCUGGUGUAUGGGAGGUCAACACUUACAUUUAUAUAGUGCCUUUCAUCCAGAAGGAUCUCAAAGCACUUUACUAGCUGGUUUGCAAAGGGUUGGCAAAAUUCUGGCUCAUGCAGGGAAAGUGGUUUAACUGGUGUAGGGCUAGACCAUGUCCUCUUUCCCUCCACACCAAAAGGGAGUUUUAUAAUCCCCUCAGAACAGUAUGGAGGCCUCUUUGCAUAGUCCAGGGUCUGGGCUGGAGGAGGAAGAGGUAGAAAUUGGAUGAGUCAAGAGAAAGGAAUGACCAUAACAGGGGUGGGGGCAAUGCACAGGUUGUCCCUCAAGAAAUUAGGCAGAAGAGAGAGUGCAUCCUCAGGUUAUGGCACCUUUUCAGAAAUAGCCUUUGCCUCUCCUUCAUACUGGAUAGUCUUUAGGGCCACUGUGGCCAAGGGAGAGUCCAUUAGGAGCUAUUCUAUCAGGGAACUGGAUAAUGAUUCACGAAGGAGCCACAACCAGCGCUGAAGGCACAGAGUAUGUGGGUAGUACAAGUUUGCCAGGUUUUUUCUAUCUCGCCUCUCAGUCUUUUCCAUUGAGGCAAACCAUCCCUCUCCCACAAGGGAUGAUAUGGAGGAAUCUCCAUUAGGGAUCUUCAGCAGAUAUCUCCUCCACCAGAACUCCUUCCCAUGGGUUUUUUCAGCAGAGGAUGAUCUGGACUAUCUGCUGCAAAAGCAGUCAAUGUAUGCCUGUAUUAUAGGAGAAACCUGCUCUAUUCGCUGCCCCCUUGUGGACUGUAGUAAGGCCACAAGUAGAAGUAAAAAGAAAUAAAAUAUUCUGAAACUGUAUGUAGAGAGCAGGCAUUUGCACGUGUGUGGACCAGGCUCUUUGAUUACACCUUUUAUGACCCUAACAGUUCAUUUUAUGAAAGAUUGAUAAGACAACCUCUAUGCAAUAUUUGGGCAGGGGCAGAUUAGGGGCAGCCAUCAUCCGUCAUAAGUGAUGCCACAUUUUUGUGGCAUGCUCAUGUGCACACCCAAAUUCCUAGCUAGAAUUAAGUUCUCUAGAUGCAUAGGGAUCACUUAGUCCAUCACUGAAAUGCAUCCAUCUCUGAGGUGAAAUAUAGCAGCUGAAACACUACACAACAGUAUGUUCAGGACACUAUGUGUAAAAGUGAAAGUAAAAAGGAAACUUGCCCAACAUUGAAUUUCUCUGGGAUACUGAGAUUAACACACCUCCUUGUAUUUACAAAAUAAACAAAUAAAUGUAAUUCUUAAUGACUGUAUGUGGCCAGUACAAUGUUUUCAUUACAUAUGAAAGACACAUCCCAGAACCUCUGUUACUAAACAUGUACCACCUUUCAUAAAAGGUAAUGACUAGGGAACGACAUUAUGGUCCUAAUUUUGCCCUUGGUGAUACGGGUGUUGUACCCUUUACCAUUCGCUGAGGUCAGAAUUGAGCUUUAUGGGUCAGAGUCUCAGCAGGUGUAAAUCCCUGUAGCUCCACUGACAUUAAUGCCUAUAUAUGCCAGAUGAGAAUCUAGCCUUAUAUCUGCAGUUAACAAUCAUUGGUAGUCACAUUUCUAAAUUGGUAAUUUGUUGCAAAACAGUCUUGCACUCUUUUAACACUGAGCUGACAGACAAGACAGUAUUUAAACGAGGAACGAAUGGGAGUUUAUUUUAAGACAUGCUCAUUAGUUUUGCCACAGAGAUGUUUAAAAUCCACAAAUCAGUAUAGCCCAUUUUGAGAAUUUUCUGUUUCUAGUUUUUCAUUCUACACAAAGCUGUUUCCAUCUUUGGGGCUGAACUGCAAUCAAAGCUCCAACUCUAUGUGAUAAAUAUUCUUUAGCUUUGGGACUAGAUUCUGAUCUCAGUUACGUUAAUGUAAACACUGAUAAACGCCACUGAAGUCCGUAGAGCUUAUGCCAGAUUUGUACCAGUACAACCGAGAUCAGAAUCUGAUGCAGCAUGUCCUAUUGAAGUGGAAAUCACUUACUGGGGAAGUUAGCGCAUACAAAUCUUUUUGUAGUAGAUCUUCCCUUUCAGCUAGGUCAUAGUCACCACAGAGUGCUUGAAACUGGGCUCAAGUCUAUGAAAACUGUCAUUACAUAGAAAACUACUAGCUUUGUUUAUAGUUACCUGUGGAAUCCACAUCCUCAUUCCAUCUUUGAUUUUCCCCUUGGAGGUUUAAAUAGUAUGGCCAUCUCACUUUAAAAGGGCUCAGCAUGUAUGUAUUCUUUACUCCAUUUUAUAUAGCGAUUUUUCUCAAUUAACAAAAUUUCCCUUUGAAGUCAUGUGACUUCUACUGCUCUAGAACUGUUCUUUCUUGAAGAAAAGACACUAUGACUGUGCAGUUUCUUCUGUACAGAGAUGAAACUCCUACAUCCAUUUACCAUGUAACAUGCCAAAAUAUUUAAGUGUGGCCUAAGGACUAAAUUAAAUGCCUCCUAUAAAAUUUCAAGGAAUGUUAGAACCAGGAAACUAGCUGUUUAGUUAACAUUAAAAUAUAUAUAAAUAUAUAUAUAUAUAUAUAUAUAAAUAUAUAUACAUAAGAAAUCAUAUCAACAAUGAGGAUGAACUGAGUGCCAAAUAUUCACCAUCUGUACAAAGCUACACUUCACUAGAAUUAAACUAUUUUAUGUAAUUCUCUUUUCAUGCUUUUAUGGUUCUUUUGAUAAAUUCUAUUUAGUAGCAUGCAGGAUACCUAAAUUGAAUGUACAGUAUGCUGUUUCAUUGCUACAAUAAUUUCUUGCUUCUAGGUAAUAUCUUCUUUACCAGAAUGUUACUUGUUAUUUUGAAGACAUAUUUGAGAAUUGUUUUAUUCUUGAGUUAUUCCUUUUCAUGAUUCUCUACUCACCUCCAGCUGAUUGUAAGAAAAUGUGCUUCACUCUUUUGCCCCAGGCUCUUUUAUGAAGUUGCCUCUUUCAACUGGUUUAUGUAUUGUUUAUGUUCAUCUCCUGUACAUAAUUCUGCAAUUAAAUUUUUUGAGAAAA